AUGCAGAACAAUAAUUGCAGGGAAAUAACAUUCUCAGUAUUCAUUUGUUCUAUAUCCUCUAACUGUUGCUGGUAUUUGUUGUCAUGGCAGCGGGUUCUGAGCCACCAGGAUGACACCGCACUGCUGAAGGCUUACAUCGUGGAGUGGAGGAAGUUCUUCACCCAGUGCGACAUCUUGCCCAAACCCUUCUGUCAGCUGGAGAUCACGCUCAUGGGAAAACAGGGCACCAACAAGAAAACCAACAUGGAGGACAGCAUUGUACGGAAGCUCAUGUUGGACACGUGGAACGAAUCAAUCUUCUCCAACAUUAAGAGUCGCCUGCAGGACAGCGCCAUGAAGCUGGUGCACGCUGAGAGGCAGGGGGAGGCCUUCGACUCGCAGCUCGUCAUAGGAGUACGGGAGUCCUAUGUGAACCUGUGUUCCAACCCAGAGGACAAGCUGCAGAUCUACAGGGAUAACUUUGAGAAAGCCUACCUGGACUCCACAGAGAGGUUUUACAGAACACAAGCACCGUCUUACCUGCAACAGAAUGGCGUACAGAACUACAUGAAAUAUGUAAGCUGUAAUAACACUUAUUACAAGUAA